GAUUAUCCUCAGCUCAGCUCUCCCUGGUCAAGUGAUCCGGACGCGGCGCUAUGACCACUCGGCCGGGCAAAUUGUGGCAUUCGUCGAAACACCGGUAUCAUGAAGGGGAGGAAGAGGGAAAGUACUCGUACCGGAAAUUCACUUUCUGAAUUCCGCAACGCCAAGCGAGAGGACCCAAUCAACAAAAGCAAUAAUAUCGGCAAUGAGGGAUACUUACGGUACGACACGAUUCCCCCCCCCCCCCCAUCGUCAUCUUCAAAGCUAUCGGUAGUUUACCUGGUUUUAUUGUUGUCAUGAUAAUACCCACUCUUCGAGUUAUUGCAAGUAACAUAGUCAAGAAGGAAGCUUGAUCCGGCUUUUACAUAUUUUGCCCCAUUGCGGUUGUUGUUGUGGUUGUUGUUGAUGUUAUAGUUAUUGUUGUUGUGAGUUAGCUGUUGGAUAACAUCGUCAUUGUUAAGAUUUGACCGGCGCCCUCAUUAUAUCAUCGAUAAGGCCUAUCAUACCCUUCUUCCCACAAUGGCGCAUCGUACCGUACCGUACCGUACCCGGAUAGUUUGCCGCACCGGAUCACGAAAGAGGCCUUCUGCACAUGGCCCGGUCCACGGCAUUGCACCGAAGACAAACAACAACAACAACAACAACGGCAACGGACAGAUGGACGGACGGACGGACAUACGGAGGGAAUCCAUUCUAUCAUAGUGGCGGCGGCGGGCCGAUCCGAAUCUCCCAUUUUCCUGGCUGCCAGGCGGACGGAGGUACGGUAGUCUACUCUCGGAUGGGCGUGAGAAGGAGAAGAGAAGAAAAAAAGGCGAGCGAUGAUUGGCUAUGAUAUUACGGUGUUAUUAUGACACAAGGGAAACUAAGCUUCAUAAAAACAUUACCGGUAUCAUGCGUUCCAACCAAACAAGCCCUCCACACGAGAUGUGUGGCUUGGAAGGAAACGAAUAUGAAUGGUAAACAGGGACGGAGGAGCAGAGGGGGGAAAGGGGGAGGGAGGAGGAGGAUCAAUCCACUUGACUGCUGAUUCAUAGUUCCUCCUUCAUAGAACUCAGCUUGAUCAUCAUCAAUUCACCCACCCAUCUAGAGCGGUACCGGUACCGGAAGCCGGCACCCCGAUACCGUGAAAAAAAUAAAAUGGAAUGGAAUGAAAUGAAAUAAAGACAUCUCCGUCCGCCAGUAGGUUUCAGGACGACGACAGGCCCACUAACUGGGACCGUGCUUCUUACAGAAGUUUUCCCUCAUGCCCGAGCUCUCCUUUCCUAGUGAUACAGCGAACCUGCGAUCUUCAGGAAUAAACGCCUGGUCCCCGACCCGAAACAGUGUUUCUCCUCUUUCGUUAUUCCUCGCUCUUCGUAUUUAUUUAUUCACUUACUCUAUUAUAUAAUGCAAUACCAUUUUUUGCUGU